UUGGACUACAUUCAUGCAGCGCCUGCAAUGUGACGUCAUCGCGCAGUCUCCAUAUCGGUGACGUCAUCAGAUGGUGACGCAGGCGUGUGUCGUGGUCUCCAGCUCAGGCUGGCUGUCUCCAGCCGUGGCCGCCAUGGAGCUGGCCCAGAUGGUGACCCAGGCCAUGUGGGCCAAGGACUCGUACCUGAGACAACUGCCUCACUUCACGCCCGAGCUACUGCAAAGAUGCGCUGACUAGGUGACGUCAUUUAGUGUCCAUUAACUUACUUGAAUUAAGGUCCUAUGUCACUUAGAUGGGACAGAGGGCGUCCACAACAGUCCUCCAUCGCGUUCGGUCUUGAGCUUCGCGUUUGAUCUCGCUCCAAGUCUUGCCGAUCUUCGCUUCGUCUGCCGCAGUGCGUAGUGUCCAUUGCAGGAGCAGGACUCUCUUAAGUAACUAGAUUCCAAGGCCAAAGCGAAGGAAACGAAAGAACUACGCACAUCUCGCUGGAAUGCUUCCGAUCACCUCCCCGCGUUCGCUGAUGUGACGUCAUCAAACGAUGGCGUCAUUACAUGGUGACGCAGACGAUUUAGUGUUCAUUGCAGGAGCGACU